AUGAUCUUAUACCUGGAGUCUCUGGUACUCGUUGGGUUGUUGAUCGCAACGGCACGAAGCAUUUCAGUUGAGCAAAAUUACACAAUAUGUAACUGGGCUCGCUUGAGGGCUGGAGUGGUGCGGGAUGCUGUUUACCUCGACGGCGGUCUCCUUUGGUGGCAGACUGCCUUCGCAGAUGGAACUGCGCCCGUUGUGAGCAGUGAUGGUAACGUCGACGGGGACAUGUUUGUGCUGAACUUUUCGACUCCUUUUGAUACUGCCAAGACCAAUGUAUCGGGCUUGUUGAACCGGAUGGCGAAGGCGGGUGGAGCAGGAAACAACAUCGCGCCUAACUAUGUGGAUGGAACCAUGUUCACGAACGAUGGGGAAUUGUAUCUAUACGGUGGCCUACCUCGACUGACCGACUCUGCCUCGCCACAAAGCGAAGAGAGCAUCCUUGGCUACGAGGCCUACCAGUAUGGCCCGAACCGGGCUAGCUGGAGCCCUGGAUUCUACCAAGGAACUCUUCCCGAUGGGGUUACAAGAUACAUAACUAACGGCGCAGGAGUGUCUGCUCCGAGUGAAAACCUGGGAUUCUACUUCAGCGGCAUGCGAUCGCCGACAUGGGGACCAAUCUACUACGAGGACUCCUCCGCGAACGUGACCGCAAACACUCUUAUUGAGGUCGACAUGUCCGAAAUGAGGAACGAGAAAUGGACAAACAACACGCUUCCGGACAACAUCCCACCGCGCGCAAACGCCGAGUUGGCAUGGAUACCUGUAGGCGAGCAAGGCGUACUCGUGGCAAUUGGUGGUGUCACCGCGCCGGAAGAGAUAUGGCCAAUGGGUUUGAACAGUUCACAAAGUUCCGAGAGUGAAGCGCAAAGUCCAGGAUUCAUGACCUCUAUCCCCGUUUACGAUAUCGCCUCAAGCACUUGGUAUCUGCAAAAUACCACCGGCCAGACCCCGGGCCAACUGACAGAGUUCUGCUCUGUCGUAGCGACAGCAAAAGACUCGUCAUCGUUCAACGUCUACAUCUACGGCGGCUAUGACGGCCUGAACGCCGGUGAUGUACCAUCCGACGACGUCUGGGUCCUCUCACUUCCAGCUUUCCAAUGGGUCAAGGCAUACAGCGGCACUAAAUCUCACGGCCGUUCGGGCCAUCAAUGUGUCACUCCAUACCCGGAUCAGAUGUUCGUCAUUGGCGGUGUUCACCAGAACCAAGCCAACUGCGUCGAAGGCGGCAUUGUCCAGAUCUUCAACCUCAACACACUCGAGUUCCAAGAUACGUAUGACCCCGACACGUGGUCGGAGUACGAAGUACCUGGUGUCGUGUCCCAAGCAAUUGGAGGCAAUGGUGCCUCCGCAAAACGCGCCGCUACCCUCGAUGGCGAACUGGCUUCCAUCUUCGCCAAACCCUACUCCAAAACGAUCACGCAUUACUACCCCUACCCUGUUAACGGCUCAUCCGACGGCAGCUCUGGAGGCGGCGGGGGCUCCGGCGUCAGCAAAGGUGCCAUCAUUGGCAUCAGCGUUGCCGCCGCGGUGAUCGGCCUCCUGCUAAUCGUCCUCGUCAUCCUGCUCGUCCGCCGCCGUAGCAUCAUCCGCAGCGGCUCAUCCGAAAAGUCAUCCGGUUCGAGCAAUAGCCGGAUCUCACGCUGGCUCAACGGCGCCUCCUGCGCAUCAGCAGGUCACAAACGUCCAUCACCCCAGCAAUGGCAAUCCACGCAGGACUCCCGCCAAGAAGUCCAACAGAUCGGCCCCUACGCCGCCCUAUCCGACGAGUCAACACCUCCGCUGCAACCAGUCCGCCACGAAAUGGCCAACACCACCGAACGGCCCAAGCCCCCCUUCGAACUGGCCACAGCUUACAACGACCUCGACCACCCCCGCCACUCCGGCAUCGUCGACUACGCCUAUAACGCCAACUACGGCCACACGCACUCCAACUCCAACUCCACUUCCACCUCGGACGAGACCCGUCCCUCCCCACCAAGCAACAACACCCCCUCCCCGGCCAUGAUGGGCACGGGCGCCUCCCCGCUCCGCAACAUGCGCUUCCCUCCCGCCGGACCCGCCAGCGACGUCUCCCCUCCCAGCCAGGAGACCUCGAAUUCCGACUCCUCGAAUUAUUCUUCGACGGGCACGUCCGAGACCCUGGCGUGGCCCCUCCCCGGCAGCCAGAACACGUGGCGCGGACCUCGCGGUUCAAGACCACCCACCAGCACCAGUAACAACGCCAGUAGAAAUCCGUUUGAGGGCCAACACGAGCGCGAAAACAGCGAGAGUUCCUCCUCGGUCCAGCCGAUCAUGGAGGAGCAGGAACCCGACUCGCCACCCCACCAGAGCCGCGGGUUGUACCCUCCUGCUCAGGAGCUGCCGACCGAGAGAGAUGCAGGGCGGGACCAAGACAGGCGGUUCUCGUACCAGCACGGCAACGAGAGCGCGAGUAGCGGGAUAGGCACGCUGCCUAGUCCCGUGGUUACUACGCACGAAGGUGUCACUUUACCAAACCAGGACGAGGGCGCCAGGAGAAGUCUGUUCGAGACGAUCAGCCCGGUGAGUCCGACGGUGGCGAGGCAGUGGCAGUGGCAUGGGCAUGAGAGGCGAGGCUGA